AUGAUGAACAAGGACGAAGUGACCAAACCAUUGAAUAAGGAAGAAUGCGAUCUUGAGGGCAAUGCCUCUAACAGCCAUUGCACUACUGCAGCGUCUGGAUUAACUUUGGAGGAUAUGUUUUCUGAUCGUUAUUCUAUGGCCAAUGAGUCAUUUGCUAGGAUUUGUGAAGGAUUUGACCCGGUGAUUUGUAUGUAUCCUUUCCAUUCGCGACAAAAAAGAAACUACGAGAGAGGUUACCAGUAUCGCGGAGGUUCAAACCAUGGAAGGGGAGGCUGGAGAGGUGGAAGAGGUCGCGGAGGGGAUCACUGGCGCAACAACGAUCGACGUGGGCAGCGAAGGUCAUGGGACGACCGCUCUAACUAUGAUUCAAGUAGAGGUGAUCGGAAGAUCCGACGGGAAUGA